UCCGAUCAGUCUGCUGUUGUGUCUGCAGGAUGUGUCACAGCUGCGUCCCACGCUGAUGAAACUGUGGUAUUUCAGAUGAGAUGCAAAGUCACUUCCUAUACAGACUGCUAAAAACUCAAACUCCAUACCCUGUGAUAAGCAACCACACAUGCAGGCAAACUGACACGAUUUUAGAAGAACUCACCAGGAACUCGUCCCCGUAAAGGAAUCCCAGGGCGCAGGCUGCGUGCAGCUUGACGGUUUACUAAAUAUCAGAUCUGUUAGAUAACUCAUAACUCCGACAACAGGAAACGAGAGAAAGAGCGCCACUGACUCAGUCGAAACCUGCAUCUAGGAAGCUUCAACUCCACCAUGUUUCCCGGGCUGCAUGUAAACCUUCAUUCAGACAGUCGUUGAUGUAAACUGAGGCGAUGGAGAGCCCGUCGUCCACAGCGAGGCGGCGAGCCUGGAUCAACAGCAGCCGACAGUGGCCCACCCUGGAGCUGGACCCUGAGGGACCACCGAGCAACCUCCCCUCGGCCUCUAUAGCCGAUGAUGAUGUCUUUUCUGACGGAUGCUUCACAGGAAAGAUCGAGAACUGGCUCCUGAGAUGUGGGUCCGAGGCGUGCUCAGAGAAGACUGGCCAGCUGAGUUUCGAGUCUGGGCUGAAAGGCAGCAACUUUGACGAUGAGCUAAGUCUUGGUGCUGAUGCUUCAUGUUUAAAUGCUGCAGAGAUUACAUCUGAAAGAGGCCUUGCACUCCAUCCCAUAUCCAAGCAAGGUCCCAGCAGACUCACCAGUACCCCUUGUCAGAAAUUGUGUCUGCCUUCACUGAACUUGGGCCAGAGCAUGGCCUCCAGCUGCCUCUCCUCCUCCACCUAUAAGACUACAUCAAGUAUAUCAGAGAUCCUGCAGUUGUGUUCGGAGGACGCAGAGGAGACGCUCUACGAGUUGGGUUUUGGCUGCGAUGAGCCGCAGGUCACUGUCCGCAUCCCUUCUCGCUUCUUCACCUUCCCCUCCAUGUCUCGGGGCAUCAACUUCCGCCUCUUCCUGGACUCACAGUUACGGCGUAUACGUGAAGAAGACCCCAGCCUCUCUCUUGCUAGUCGUUUCAGACAAGUGCAAGUGCUCACAGCAAUGGCCAACGCUUUCUACUCCCUCUACUCUCAUGUGUCCCGCACUCCUCUACAGAAACUGGCCACACCAGAGUUCACCUUCUCCUCGUCUCCCGUGGAGAGGAUCGAACGCUUCAGGAGCCCUGUCCGCAGCGAGCCACGCUCGCCGGUGGAGAGGCUGAAGGACACCGUCUCCAAGAUGUGUCUCUACACGGGCUCUCCUCGCGGGUCAGACUCCACCUCUCCGCAGCCCUCACCCAGGAAACAAUCCAGCCUCCCUGACGUUGUGGAUUUAGUCCUGGAAAAAGUCAAGACUGGAGCGAGCAAGAAAGUGGAUUUGGGGGAACAUUAUAACAGGAAUCCAGCUCGGGAUGUUAAGCUGGUCACGGAGGGUGAUAAGUCCUGUGACAGUGGCAAAGAGGAGCAUACACAGCAGACUGUGGUGGACACAGACAUUCUUCAAAAUGGAAAUAAGAUCUAUGAUAGGGAGAUGCAGGGCAGCAAACAAACUGAUAACAUUGACCACCUCGCGAGCAGGACUCACAGUGUAAGAACAACUCUAGCAUUAUCAGGAGAAACUGAGAUAAAAUCACAUCAGCUGGACUCAUGUUCAACUCAAAGUGAGACAAGGACUGCUGAUCUGAAACCAGUUGCGAAGGUUACAUACGACCUAAUCUGCCCUCAGAUAGUCGAAAAUGUACACCAGGCACCUUUCUGUUGUCAACUCACACAUUGUCCAAAAGCAAAUACUUUACCUCCUGUCUCCUCUAAGACCAAACACAUAGAUAAAUCAUGUCCUGGAUCACAUAUACAAACAGCUUUCCCUCAGCCAGAUGCCAGACAGCUGGAUGCAGCCACAUCACUUGCUGUCCCAGCCCCCACUACUAGCUACAUCAAUUGCAGCAUCACUGUGACUGGCUGGGAGGGGGACGACGUCUCUGCCACUUCAAACGCAGCAGAUUCUGGUCUUACUUUUACUGUCACACCUGUCGAGACGUGUGAGGAAUCAUUUAACGAGGGGAAAAGCUGGUACCUGAAACCACAGAAACAUCAGGGCCUGGGCCAGAACUCCAAUAACCUGCAACAGGGUAACUCCUUUGAGCUGGAAGAGGUAUGGGUUUUACAAUAGUAUUUUUGUUUUUUGCAGGUAAAAAUGUAAUAUUAUAAAAAAAAGUUACAACAUUUCUUUAGAUGAGGUAUGUAAUUUGUUACAUCUUUAGCGCCAUUUGGAAAUAAUGAACCAUAUAAAGAAUGAUUAUGUUGAUUUUGCAAAAAAUACAACAAACAU